AAGAAAAUUCCAUUUUCACCAUUGUCGUAUACUAUCACUUCUCCCACUCCCCAUCUCUCCUCAAAAAGAACCCUCUUCCACCCCCUUUCUCUCUCUAGAUCUCUUUCUCCCCUUUGUUCUCUCUCCGUCUCUUCCCUUUUUCCCCUCGGAGGGUUCGAGGGUUUCUUCUUCAUCGGAGAUCUCCCGUCGUUCUGUUCUCAAUUCCGUUGAGAUCUCGCCAUCAUGGCGGCAGCUAAUGCUCCGAUCACUAUGAAAGAGGCCCUAACGUUGCAAAGUAUAGGGGUUAAUCCGCAGUUCAUCACGUUCACCAAUGUUACCAUGGAAUCAGAUAAGUAUAUAUGUGUACGGGAGACUGCACCACAAAAUAGUGUGGUGAUUAUUGAUAUGAACAUGCCAAUGCAGCCAUUGAGGCGCCCGAUUACGGCAGACUCUGCUCUUAUGAAUCCUAAUACCAGAAUUCUGGCUCUAAAAGCUCAAGUCCCAGGAACUACUCAAGACCACUUACAAAUUUUCAAUAUUGAGGCAAAGCAGAAAAUUAAAUCACAUCAGAUGCCUGAGCAGGUUGUUUUCUGGAAGUGGAUUACCCCUAAGAUGUUAGGUCUUGUCACACAAACCUCAGUGUACCAUUGGCCAAUUGAAGGUGAUUCUGAGCCUGUAAAGAUGUUUGAUAGAACAGCCAAUCUAACUAACAACCAAAUUAUCAACUAUCGAUGUGAUCCUUCAGAGAAAUGGUUGGUUUUGAUUGGUAUUGCCCCAGGUUCGCCAGAGAAGCCCCAACUGGUCAAAGGGAAUAUGCAACUGUUUUCAGUGGAUCAGCAACGCAGUCAAGCUCUUGAGGCUCAUGCUGCAUCAUUUGCCUCAAUAAGAGUACCUGGAAAUGAUAGGGAUUCUAUACUCAUUUCUUUUGCCUCAAAAACCUCAAAUGCUGGACAGGUUACAUCAAAGUUGCAUGUCAUUGAACUAGGCGCCCAGCCAGGGAAGCCCUCCUUUACAAAGAAACAGGCAGAUCUUUUCUUUCCUCCGGAUUUUGCUGAUGAUUUCCCAGUUGCCAUGCAGAUCUCUCAUAAGUAUGGUUUAAUUUAUGUCAUCACAAAGCUUGGGCUUCUGUUUGUCUACGACUUGGAAACAGCUACUGCAGUGUACAGAAAUAGGAUCAGCCCAGAUCCUAUUUUUCUGACUUCAGAAGCUUCAUCAAUCGGUGGUUUCUAUGCUGUCAACAGGCGAGGGCAAGUGUUGCUAGCCACAGUAAAUGAAGCAACAAUUAUUCCUUUUGUCAGUGGCCAAUUGAAUAAUCUAGAGCUUGCUGUCAAUCUUGCCAAAAGAGGAAAUCUUCCCGGUGCUGAGAAUUUGGUUGUCCAGCGCUUCCAAGAUUUGUUUGCUCAAACCAAGUACAAAGAGGCUGCUGAGCUUGCUGCAGAAUCCCCCCAAGGCAUACUGCGUACACCGGAUACUGUUGCUAAAUUUCAGAGUGUUCCUGUUCAAGCAGGGCAAACGCCUCCUCUGUUGCAGUACUUUGGUACACUCUUGACUAAAGGGAAGCUCAAUGCAUUUGAGUCUUUGGAACUUUCACGACUUGUUGUCAACCAGAAUAAGAAGAACCUCUUAGAGAAUUGGUUGGCUGAAGAUAAGCUAGAGUGUAGUGAGGAACUUGGUGACCUUGUGAAGACUGUUGAUAAUGACCUUGCCUUGAAGAUAUACAUCAAAGCAAGAGCAACACCAAAAGUUGUUGCCGCUUUUGCUGAGCGCAGGGAGUUUGACAAGAUUCUGAUAUACUCAAAGCAGGUUGGAUAUACCCCCGACUAUUUGUUCCUGCUCCAAACAAUUCUUCGAUCCGAUCCGCAGGGUGCUGUUAAUUUUGCGCUCAUGAUGUCUCAAAUGGAGGGAGGGUGUCCUGUUGAUUACAAUACAAUAACCGACCUAUUUCUUCAGAGGAACAUGAUCCGUGAGGCAACAGCAUUUUUGUUGGAUGUUCUGAAGCCUAACCUUCCCGAGCAUGGUUACCUGCAGACUAAGGUCUUGGAAAUCAACCUUGUGACUUUCCCAAAUGUUGCUGAUGCUAUAUUAGCCAAUGGAAUGUUCAGUCAUUAUGAUCGACCACGAAUUGCUCAACUUUGUGAAAAAGCUGGUCUUUAUAUUCGGGCUUUGCAGCACUACAGUGAACUACCUGAUAUCAAGCGCGUAAUUGUUAAUACACAUGCAAUUGAGCCUCAGGCUCUGGUUGAGUUCUUUGGGACUGUCUCACGUGAAUGGGCGCUUGAGUGCAUGAAGGACCUUCUGGUGAUCAAUAUCAAAGGCAACCUUCAAAUAAUAGUUCAGGUUGCAAAAGAGUACUGUGAACAGUUGGGUAUUGAUGCCUGCAUUAAGCUUUUUGAGCAAUUCAAGUCGUACGAUGGGUUGUACUUCUUCUUGGGAUCAUAUUUGAGUUCGAGUGAGGAUCCUGAUAUCCACUUUAAGUAUAUUGAAGCAGCUGCCAGGACUGGACAAAUCAAGGAGGUUGAGCGCGUGACAAGAGAAUCUAACUUUUACGACCCUGAAAAGACUAAGAACUUCUUGAUGGAAGCCAAACUUCCUGAUGCCCGACCUCUGAUCAAUGUUUGCGACCGCUUUGGUUUUGUUCCUGAUCUCACACACUAUCUGUACACUAACAAUAUGCUACGAUAUAUUGAGGGUUAUGUUCAAAAGGUCAAUCCAGGAAAUGCUCCUUUAGUUGUGGGGCAGCUUUUAGAUGACGAGUGUCCAGAGGAUUUUAUCAAAGGCUUGAUCCUUUCUGUUCGUUCUCUGCUUCCCGUUGAGCCCCUUGUGGCUGAGUGUGAAAAAAGGAACCGACUCCGACUGCUCACACAGUUUUUGGAGCAUCUUGUCAGUGAAGGAAGCCAAGAUGUGCAUGUACACAAUGCUCUUGGUAAGAUCAUCAUAGAGAGCAAUAAUAACCCGGAGCAUUUUCUCACGACCAACCCAUAUUAUGACUCUCGUGUUGUGGGUAAAUAUUGUGAGAAGCGUGAUCCGACCCUUGCUGUUGUGGCCUAUAGAAGAGGGCAAUGUGAUGAUGAACUUAUUAAUGUGACAAAUAAGAACUCUCUGUUCAAACUUCAAGCCAGGUAUGUCGUUGAGAGGAUGGAUGGUGAUCUUUGGGAUAAAGUUCUUGUUCCUGAGAACGAGUUUAGAAGGCAGCUCAUAGAUCAAGUUGUCUCCACUGCUCUGCCUGAAAGCAAGAGCCCGGAACAAGUUUCUGCAGCUGUUAAAGCAUUCAUGACAGCUGAUCUUCCCCAUGAACUGAUUGAGCUUCUUGAAAAGAUUGUGCUCCAAAACUCUGCAUUUAGUGGGAACUUUAAUCUGCAGAAUUUGCUUAUUUUGACAGCCAUUAAGGCUGAUCCAUCUAGAGUCAUGGACUAUAUCAAUAGGCUUGAUAAUUUUGAUGGUCCCGCGGUUGGGGAGGUUGCUGUUGAAGCACAGCUCUAUGAAGAAGCUUUUGCAAUCUUCAAGAAGUUCAACUUGAAUGUUCAGGCUGUCAAUGUUCUGCUCGACAGCAUCCGUGAUAUAAAUCGAGCUGUGGAGUUUGCAUUCCGAGUUGAAGAAGAUGCUGUUUGGAGCCAGGUGGCCAAAGCUCAACUCAGAGAGGGAUUAGUGAGUGAUGCUAUUGAAUCAUUUAUUCGUGCAGAUGAUGCCACCCAAUUCUUGGAUGUCAUUCAUGCUGCAGAGGAUGCGGAUGUUUAUCAUGACUUAGUGAAGUAUUUGCUGAUGGUAAGGCAAAAGACUAAGGAGCCCAAGGUUGACAGUGAACUCAUUUAUGCUUAUGCUAAGAUUGAUCGAUUGGGCGAUAUUGAAGAAUUUAUUCUGAUGCCAAAUGUUGCUAAUCUACCUAAUGUUGGCGAUCGCUUGUAUGAUGGAGCCUUGUAUGAGGCUGCAAAGAUCAUAUUUGCUUUUAUUUCUAAUUGGGCUAAGUUGGCAAGCACUCUUAUAAAGUUGAAUCAAUUCCAAGGUGCUGUUGAUGCAGCACGUAAAGCAAACAGUGCAAAGACAUGGAAAGAAGUCUGCUUUGCUUGUGUUGAUGCUGAGGAGUUCCGCUUGGCUCAAAUUUGUGGGCUUAACAUUAUAGUGCAGGUAGAUGAUUUGGAGGAAGUGAGUGAAUUUUACCAAAACAGAGGAUGUUUCAAUGAAUUAAUCUCUCUUAUGGAGAGUGGGCUUGGUUUGGAGCGCGCCCAUAUGGGUAUCUUCACUGAACUUGGUGUUCUAUAUGCCAGAUACCGUCAUGAGAAGCUCAUGGAACACAUUAAAUUAUUCUCCACCCGUCUCAACAUUCCGAAGCUUAUUCGCGCCUGUGAUGAGCAGCAACACUGGAAGGAACUUACCUAUUUGUAUAUCCAAUAUGAUGAAUUUGAUAAUGCUGCCACUACUGUUAUGAAUCAUUCUCCAGAUGCGUGGGAUCACAUGCAAUUCAAAGAUAUCGUUGUGAAAGUUGCUAAUGUGGAACUUUAUUACAAGGCCGUCCACUUCUAUUUGCAAGAGCAUCCUGAUCUCAUCAAUGAUCUUUUAAAUGUUCUAGCACUCAGGGUGGACCACACACGUGUAGUGGAUAUAAUGAGAAAGGCGGGUCACCUUCGCCUAGUGAAGCCUUAUAUGAUUGCUGUUCAAAGCAACAAUGUUUCUGCUGUGAAUGAGGCCCUUAACGAGAUAUAUGUUGAAGAAGAAGACUAUGACAGACUACGUGAAUCAAUUGAAUUGCAUGAUAGCUUUGAUCAGAUUGGGCUUGCACAGAAGAUAGAGAAACAUGAGCUCCUUGAGAUGAGGCGUGUCGCUGCUUCUAUUUAUAAGAAGGCUGGUCGGUGGAAGCAAUCCAUUGCUCUAUCGAAGAAAGAUAAUCUUUACAAAGACGCAAUGGAAACAGCUUCACAAUCUGGGGAUCGUGAACUUGCUGAGGAGUUGCUUGUUUACUUCAUUGAACAGGGAAAGAAAGAAUGCUUUGCAUCAUGCCUAUUUGUUUGUUAUGAUUUGAUUCGCGCAGAUGUUGCCCUUGAGCUAGCAUGGAUGAAUAAUAUGAUAGACUUCGCGUUCCCUUAUCUAUUACAGUUUAUCCGUGAAUACACUGGCAAGGUAGAUGACCUGAUAAAAGAUAAGAUUGAGGCUCAAAAAGAAGCAAAAGCCAAAGAGAAUGAAGAGAAGGAUGUUAUGAAGCACCAGAAUAUGUAUGCUCAGCUGCUGCCUCUGGCUUUGCCUGCUCCGCCAAUGCCGGGUAUGGGUGGUGCUGGUAUGAGUGGAGGUUUUGCUCCGCCUCCACCACCUCAAAUGGGUGGAAUGGGAAUGCCUCCGAUGCCUCCAUUUGGCAUGCCACCAAUGGGUUCCUACUAAUCUGAUGGUGUUACCCCACUGGUGUAAACAAACAUUAUGAAGAGAGGGCACAAUCGAGCUUUUAAAAUUUUAUUUUAUUUAGUCUUCCGCUCUGAUCUUUCUCCAGCACCUUGCAGUUAGUUGCUGAAGAGGGCACAAGUGGAGACUAUGAGAAAUAAUUGUUUCUGUUGUGUGUCAUAGUGUGUUGAUAUCUCCUUGUAAUAUUCUUUUAGAAAAGGCAUUUUUUUGCAGUUAGGCAGCAAGUUGAGGAUAUUUUGUAGACAACUAUGUAAAGAUGAUUGCUUUAACUGGUUUUUCUGGGGUUGGUGUUUAA